AUGACCCCAGCACUGGUAGAUGCGUCUUCCGCUCCCGAAGCACAUGCGACACCGAAACCUACUAUCAAGACACCGCUGUCAAAUCCCUCGCUACAAGUCACCGCGGACCAUAAUCUGAAGCUACAAGAAGCGCCUGUGUAUGCGCCAGCAAAGGGAGAGGUACUAUUACAUAUCAAAGCUACGGGUGUUUGUGGAUCUGACAUCCAUUUCUGGAAAGCUGGGAGAAUAGGCUCGCUCGUUGUCGAAGGAGACUGUAUCCUCGGCCAUGAAGCGGCCGGCAUAGUUCUACAAUGCGGCGAGGGUGUUACGACUUUGAAGCCUGGCGAUCGCGUAGCUGUCGAACCCGGCGUGCCAUGCGGCACAUGCUUCCUCUGUAUGGACGGCCGCUACAACCUCUGUGAAGACGUCCAAUUCGCCGGCGUCUACCCAUACCACGGCACAAUCCAACGCUACAAAACGCAUCCUGCAAAAUGGUGCCACAAACUCCCCUCCAGCGUAUCCUACGCCGAAGGCGCACUUCUCGAACCACUCUCCGUCGUCAUGCACGGUAUCAAAUCCGCCGGCCUGUCUCUCGGACGCGGUGCAGUAAUCUGCGGCGCAGGCCCUAUCGGUCUCAUUGCGCUCGCCGCAGCGAGAGCAAGCGGAGCGCAUCCGCUCGUCAUCACAGAUCUUGAGCCUAAGCGCCUGGCAUUCGCAAAGCAAUUCGUACCAUCGGCCUUGACAUACCAGGUCGAUCGCAAUCUAGAUGCGCAAGGCAAUGCGAAGAAGAUUAGAGAGUUGUUCGACUUCGAGAACGUGGGUGAAUAUGGUGCACCCGAGACUGUGCUGGAGUGUACGGGUGUGGAGAGCAGUGUUAUUACUGCUGCGUAUACGGCGAGGAGAGGGGGUACGGUCAUGGUUAUUGGAGUUGGGAGGGAGAUUAUGAAUAAUCUUCCGUUUAUGCAUUUGAGUCUUGCUGAGAUUGAUCUCAAGUUCAUUAAUCGCUACCGCGAUACUUGGCCUUCUGGCCUUCAGUGUCUGGCGGGUGGUAUCCUUAAUCUCAAGCCGCUUGUCAGUCAUACGUUUCCGUUGGAGAAGGCGCUGGAUGCGUUGCAUACGUGUGGAGAUUUGAGCAACGGGAGUAUCAAGGUGCAGAUUAUCGAUGAAGUGGAUGAUGUGUUGUAG